AUGGCAGACAGUGAAGGCUUCAAGCGGCCCGAGAUGCCAUUCGGAGGGAAAGCACCACCACCGCCAUAUCAACAUGUGCAAACGCCAGUUAGAAAAAGCGGUCGAGAGAAUGGUGGUCAAGUCGUUGCUUAUGGAGGGCAGCAAUUGAUGGCGACUGGCAUUGCUGGAGCAGAUCAAAUCCCAAGGACUUCUCGACUACCGGCCCCAAUUAUGCUUUAUACUGGGCAUGAGGGUGAAAUCAUGACAGCCCGCUUCUCCACGGAUGGAUCAAUCUUUGCUUCUGCCGGUUACGAUCAAAAGAUCUUCUUAUGGAAUGUUUACGAUGAGGGCGAGAAUUUUGCGACGCUCAAAGGGCAUACGGGAACAGUGAUGGAUCUACACUUCAAUACCGAUUCAAGUGCGCUUUUCACUUGUUCAACCGACAAAACGGUGCGCAUUUGGGACAUGGAGACUGGAACAUGCAAAAGAAAGUUCAAAUCUCAUCUCGAAAUCGUGAACUCCUGUCAUCCGGCAAGACGUGGUCCACAAUUGGUGGCUUCGGCUAGUGAUGACGGAUUUGUUUUGGUUCAUGAUUUGCGACUACGGGAUCCGGUGAAGAAAUUUGAGAAUCGUUUUGCCCAAACAGCCGUUUCUUUCAACGACACCGCCGAAUACGUUUUUGCUGGAAACAUUGAGAAUGACAUUGUGUGCUACGACAUGCGUAAAGGAGAGGCCGAUUUUACUUUGGAGCAUCACAUGGACACAAUCACUUCGCUUGCACUUUCACCCGAUGGAUCGUAUCUCCUCAGUAAUUCGAUGGAUCAAACUUUGCUGAUGUUUGAUGUGCGACCUUAUUGUGAGGGAGACCGAUUGAACUCGAUCUUCAGAGGACACGAACAUAAUUUUGAGCGGAAUCUUCUCAAAUGCACAUGGUCACCGGAUGGUCAAUGGGUAUCGGCAGGCUCGGCAGAUCGUUUCGUUUACGUUUGGGAUAUCGAUACGGGUCGAAUCGCCUACAAGCUGCCCGGGCACCAAGGAUCUGUUGUUGCCACUGAUUUCCAUCCAAAAGAACCUAUUCUACUCUCAAGCGGCACGGAUAAGCGAAUCUACCUUGGCGAAUUGAGCGAAUACUUCAAGAAU